AUGAGAGCGUUUGGUGAAGAUGAAAACCAAAAAAUAGGAGAAACAAACAAGGAUCAAGCAACAAAAUCAACACCAAAUACAUCAUUGAUGACAAUACCUACACUUCUUUCGACAUUUUCCAAGUUACCUAGAUGUAUAUCAAUUUACGGAGAAUAUUACAAAUAUGUUGAUCCAGAAAAUGUUAAGCAUUCAGAACCCAAGUAUACAAGUUAUGGAUUAUAUUUUAAAGGAACUUUAGAUUACAUCUUUUAUAUUCUUGAUAAUGAUAAUGAUGAUAAUAGAAUAAAAUUCACAAAAUUAUUGAAGAUGCCAAAAGAAGAAGAAAUUGGAACUUCAAUUCCAAACUUUAAAUUUAACUCUGAUCAUUUUUGUAUGAUG